AGCGGGCGGGCGGGCGGGCGGCGCGCGCCAUGGCGCCCAUGGGCAUCCGCCUGUCCCCGCUGGGGGUGGCCGUGUUCUGCCUGCUGGGGCUCGGCGUGCUCUACCACCUCUACUCGGGCUUCCUGGCCGGCCGCUUCGGCCUCUUCGGCCUGGGCGGCGAGGCGGCGGGCGGCGGCGCGGCGGGGCCGGCGGGCGCGGGCGCGGCGGCGGCGGCGGCGGCGGCCGUGGACCUGCGCGAGAUGCUGGCCGUGGCCGUGCUGGCGGCCGUGCGCGGCGGCGCCGAGGUGCGGCGCGUCCGCGAGAGCAACGUCCUGCACGAGAAGUCCAAGGGGAAGACGCGCGAGGGCGCCGAGGACAAGAUGACCAGCGGCGACGUGCUGUCCAACCGCAAGAUGUUCUACCUGCUCAAGACGGCCUUCCCCAGCGUGCAGAUAAACACUGAGGAACAUGUGGAUGCAACUGAUCAGGAAGUUAUCUCAUGGGAUCGUAAAAUUCCUGAGGACAUUCUGAAGGAAGUAACCACCCCCAAAGAGGUACCAGCAGAAAGUGUUACUGUCUGGAUUGACCCACUUGAUGCUACCCAGGAAUAUACAGAGGAUCUUCGACAGUAUGUUACCACGAUGGUGUGUGUUGCAGUAAAUGGGAAACCUGUGCUAGGAGUAAUCCAUAAGCCAUUUUCUGAAUAUACAGCAUGGGCGAUGGUCGACGGUGGCUCCAACGUGAAGGCCCGUGCUGCCUACAACGAGAAGACCCCCAGGAUCGUUGUGUCUCGCUCGCAUUCGGGAAUGGUCAAACAGGUUGCUCUGCAGACCUUCGGAAACCAGACCACAAUUAUUCCAGCUGGCGGUGCUGGCUAUAAAGUUCUCGCACUCUUGGAUGUGCCUGACAAGAGUCAAGAAAAAGCUGACCUAUAUAUCCACGUGACGUAUAUAAAAAAGUGGGAUAUAUGUGCUGGCAAUGCCAUAUUAAAAGCCCUUGGGGGGCAUAUGACUACCCUGAGUGGGGAGGAGAUCAGUUACACGGGCUCUGACGGCAUUGAGGGGGGCCUCCUGGCCAGCAUCAGGAUGAACCACCAGGCCCUGGUCAGGAAGCUCCCGGACCUGGAGAAGACGGGCCAUAAGUGACCGGAGCCUUUGCGGGUCGCAGCGUGCCCAGAGCUCGGUAGUCAGCUCGGAACACUGGCAGGACAUGGGCGGCGUCCGUGGCUUGGAGACCGCACGGUUACGCCAUUCCCAACGGUUUCAAGUAUUUAUGAAGCGUCAGAGACUUAUUUUCCCUGGAGUCAGAGGCCAGAUCAGGGGAAGUGGGUAGCUUCAUGCCUCAAGUAUUGUCUUUAUUUUCGAGACUAUUUUCGUACAGUUGUCAUUCACAAGGCACACACACACUUGUGAACUGAAAUCUCUAGCUAAGUCUUCACUGUUAGGCGUCGCUGUUUUCACAUGCAUCAUGAAUCUUCACUCUCAGUCUUCGAUAUGGAAUUGGGCUGAAGAAAGAAUUGAUUUGCGGAGGUGUUUGAUACUGCUUUACAAGGACAUCUCAUUGAAAACAAAGUAAUUGGGGGCUUGUACCCCUAGUUCAGAUGGGAAGCACAAGAAGCCACAGAUUCAUUUAAUCUUCAACAAAUGAUCUCUGUCUAUGACUGAAUAUUUCUUAAAGUCGAAAAAUCUUACGUUGGUUUUUUCUUUGAAAUUUUAAUAACAGGUUCACCAGCUAGUAGAUAAUUUAGAUGCAUAGUGGUAGCACUGUACUUGUAAUUUCUGUGUGUGCGCUUUGUUUUGUUUAUAAAGGAGAGUGUUUCUUACCCAUGCGUUCAUUUCCUCCAUCUUGCUGUUGGUUUUCCUGCUCUCGGGACAGUGCAUGGUUCCGUACUUUCCCUCUUGACCAACGUUUAGUCUUUAACUUGUUACAGUUUGGACUAAGGAUUCAGGGUUAGCACUAGGAUUUUGGUACAUUUUCUUAGGGAUAGAAUAAGUUAUAAGGCAAUUAUAGGAAAAUUAAUGAUUCUACUGUUGAAAGUUACUUGACAUUACAUGUAUUGAGCUAGACUUUAUUAAAUAAAAACUUUUUGAUUUCAUACUUAAAAAAAUCGCCAGGUUUGUACAUAGAGAUACUCUCAUUAUCAAGAAUGAGUUAUGGUUGGUUUUACCAUUAAUAAAUGGAUACGAUCUAACCAAACUCUUAAGUAGUGACUUUGGAGAUGCUUUAUAUUUUCCCUUCAUAUUAAAAUAGUGAAGGUUGAAGUUGCUUUCUGAUGAAAUUGUUUUCUACUCAGUACAUUGGGUUGGAAGAAAGAUGAUAGCAGUCUCACUGUAGCAUCUUCACUGUAAUUACAACCUUGCUUUCUGAACUAUACCUUUCCUUGGGUUGUCUGACUUUGCACAAUGAUAUCUGGAAACUUCAUGUAAAAAUUACCGUUAUUUCAUGUGACCUUGGUGUUUUUGUAUCUUGCUAACAUACUGUUGAGGAGAGAAAUUUCUCAUGAUUUCUUCAAUUUUUUUUUAACCCUAAAACAACUUUUUGUUUAUUUUUACUUUUACUAUUUUGUAGGUAUAAUUGACCAAAGAAUGGAUGUUUUCAACCUGUUGGAAUGUGAAAAAAAAAUUACUAUAGGUUUGCAUUCUAUUAAGUAAUUGACUUCAUUAAGGAAUUGACUCUAGUAUGAUAUAUGGAUUUCCACCCCAGUUGCAAACGGGCCCUAAUCUGAUAGGGUAAUUGGGCUUCAGAAAGUAGUCUUUGGCUUAGUGACAAUUCAUUCAAGAUUAGUCGGUGCACUUGGUAUUUCAGUAGACCUUGGAAUUUUGAAUAGUAUGGUAGCGACGUCCUCUGCAACAAAAUGAAGAGGUUCACUUCUCUUAGGAAAAACAUGGUGCAAAGGCUUAUGCUGUUUCCAGAACCCUGUGUUACAAGCAUCACAAGCAUUUGUUUCACUACAAUGUAUCAGACGUAGGAAAAAAUUUAACUGGUACUGUUUUCGUUAUUGAAACUUUCUGAUUUAAUAGAAAUGAAUCAUAUUAGCAAGCA